UCUGGGCUUCAAGGCCUCAGCCUUCUGGCUUCUCGGGCGUUUUAUUUUUCUAUUUUGUUCGGAAGUUUUUAACCCUCGCGGCGCCGGGGGCGCCUCUCCUGUCCUUUGGGCCGCGGGGGCGACGGAGGCCUAGCCGCUUGGAUCCGGAGGCCGACUCGCGAGGAGGACGGCGGAGAGGAGGCCCCGCGGCAGGUUGGAAGGUAACCUGGCAAAGCACCAAGAUGUCGCUUCACAACACGAGAGCCUCAGCUCUCCUUGCUUGGGUGAACAGUCUGAAGCUGGAUGAUACCCUGAAUUCAUUGUCUCAGCUCCAAGACUGCAGCAUCUUCAUCAAGAUAAUCAACAAAAUUCAUGGCUCUGAAGAGGGACGGGACCCUUUGCAGCAGAGUUUGCCAGACCGGGUUGCGUAUGUCGUCGGCUUCCUCAAGAAACGUUGCAAGCACAAAUCUACAGCACAGAACUUGGUAUCUGAAGAGAAGCUUCUAGCAGCGGAGGAGUUGGAGCUAGCCAAGGUGGUCAUGCUGCUGUUUUACUAUGCUUCCAUGAGUGAUAAGAUUCCCAGAGAAUGGACCACGGUUGAGUAUGAUCUCCAGGCGGAGAUGGCUAAGUCGCUGAACUUCAUGUUGUACAACGAAGAUUGCCUCGGUGAGAAUCUGGAGACCUUCCUUCAAAAGAAAAUGCCACAAUCAUCCAGUAUCUCCAGCACCAGCUCGGAGGAGACCACCCCACCAAGGCGAGAGGUACACUUCUUGAAGCUGCAGAAGGUCGCCUCUUCAUCCGGCUUGAAUAAGUUGCUCCCCGGCUCCUCUGCCUCUCCUAUGGGUGACAUCAUGCAUUCACCCCAGUUUCAGAUAAGGAAGCUGAAGAAGCUGCUGGAAGACGAGAGAGAAAAUCGAGAUGAGCUGGAACACGAGCUGGCAGAGAGCCGAAAGCUCGUUGAUGAGAAAGAAACGCGGAUCCUGAUGAUGAAGCAGCGGAUCGACCGCCUGACCCUCCUACAUGAGAAGCAAGCAGCGGAUCAGCUGGAAUCCAAGGAAAUGGAGGAACUCAGAGAAAAAAACGAGAGCCUCCUCAUGCGCCUACAUGAGACACUGAAGCAGUGCCAAGACCUGAAAACUGAAAAAGGCCAGAUGGACCGGAAAAUCAACCAGCUCUCAGAAGAGAAUGGGGAUCUUGCUUUCAGGCUGCGGGAAUUUGCUCACGUUCACACAGAACUCCAGGAAGCCAUGAAUGAGCUCUCGGAAGAGCACAACACAGCUCUAAGGGAAUGGGAGGAGCAGAGGAGCCGCCUGGAGAGGGAGCUGAGCAGUGCCCUCAGUGAGAAGAGGUGCUUGGAAGAGAAGCUGGAGAUUCUGCAGGGAAAGUACUCCUUGCUGGAGGACCAGAUGGCGAAGCUGAGGGAGACCACUUCCUUGCCAGAGAAAGGAGAGGUCAUGGGUGACAUUCUCAAGCUUGAAGAACUGAACCAGCAGGUGGCCCACCUGAGUGGCCAGCAGACCGAGCUGCAGGCAACGGUCCUCCGCCUCGAAGAGGAGAAGCACCUGCUUGAGGCCAGCCUCCAGUCCGAGAGGAGCAGCUUUGAAGCGGAGAAGCGCCAGCUCACAGGCCUGCUCACGGAGCUGCAGAACUCCCUCUCUGAGAGCUCUCGAGGCAAGGAGAAGCUGGAGCAGGAUUUGCGUGCCCAGGAGGAGAGCCUGGUCGCUCAGGUCAACGCCCUGACGGCUGAGAUUGCCAAGCUGAUGGGCUUCCUCCACCAGAAGGACCAGGACCUGCUGGUUUUGCAGCAGCAGAAGGGCCAGCUGGCCGAGGACUUGCAGAAGAGCGAGCAGGCCUCCCGGGCAGCCCUUCAGGAGCUGAGCCUCCAGGUGGACCAGCUGACCAGCACGCUGCAGCAGAGCAACCAGAAGCUGACGCAGGUGGAGGCUGCAGGCCAGGAAGCAUACAACAAGGCUGCCCAGGAGAAAGAGCUGGCCCUGAGGCAACUCCAGGAGAAGGAGGCAGAACUGUCUACCCUGACCGAGCGGCUGCGUGCUCAGAGUGCCACUUUCACGGAAGCCCAGAGGGAGAAGGCCGAUCUGAGCCACAAGGUCCAGGAGCUGGAGGCCAGGAUCUUGGCCCUCACCGCCCAGUGCCAGCAGAGCGAGGCCCAGGCAGGAGCUGUGUCGGUGCUGAAAGGCCAGCUUCGUGAGGCACAGCAGAAGCUGGCUGACAAGGAGAAGCUGGCCAAGGAGAACACCCGUCUCCAGGAGCGGCUCCUGAUCCUGGAGGAGUCCGUCUGCAACACAGAAGGCAUCUUGGAGGAUGAGAAGAGGCGGGCGGCCGAGUCCCUGGAGGGCAACCUCCGGCGGAUCGCAGAGCUGGAGGAGCAGAUUCAGGAACUGAGCAAGCACCGGGACCAGGUCCUGCGGGAGAUGGGUGAGGAGAAGGCCCAGAGGCAAGCCCUGGAACGAGAAGUGCAGCAGCUGGGGGAAGCCUCCAGGACCAAGGUGGAGGAGCUGCAGCACCAGAUGGCAGAGCUCUCCUCUGUGGCUGCCAAAGGAGACCCAGGGGAGCUGGGGAGGCUUAAGGAGAAGGUCCGAGCGCUGAGCGGGGAGAAGGAGCAGGACCACCUGAGGCUGCAGGCUGAGCAGCAGAAGGUGGCAGAACUGGAGGCUCAGGUGAAGCACCUGAACAGCACGCACCAAGGAGCACUGGCUGAGCUCCAGGCGGACUUGGCUCGUGCCACGUCGCAGGUCAAGGAGAAGAAGGGCACAGAGGACCAGCUCCGGGCAGAGAUCGCCUCUCUGCAGGAGAAGGUGGCUGUGGCUCAGAAGGAGGCUGCCCAGAGCCUGGCCAAAGGGAAGAAGGAGGGGCAUGAAGCAGCCCAGGCGCUGGAAGUUGUCACCAGGGAGCUGGCUGAGGAGAAGCGCAAGGUAGCCGAGCUGGAGGCUCAAGUGAGGCUGGCAGGGGAUCAGAGCCAUAAGGACCUGAGUGCAGCUGAGUCCAGCCUCUCUAGCACCAGGGCAGCCCUGAAGGAGAAGGAGCGCGAGACAGAGAAGCUGUCUGGCCAGCUGAAGUCCCUGAAGGCCAAGCUGGAAGAGGCCUCCCAGCAGCAGAAGCAGGAGCUGGCCCUGCACAAGGAGGAAACCAAGCGGCUGGCGGGCCAGGAGGAACGGGCCAGGGCGGAACUGGCCGCUGAGAAAGUCAGCAAGGCAGCCCUGGAGGUGCAGCUGCAGAACGUCACCAACGAGCACCGAGUGGAAGUCUCUGGGCUCCAGGAGGAGGUAGCCAGGGCCCAGGAGCUGGUUGGGGAGAAAGAGCGGGAGCUGGAGGAGUUGCGCCUCAAGAACAUCUCCCGCAGCGAGGAGCUAAGGGACCUGCAGAAGACGGUCAGCAAGCUGAAGGGGGAACUGGCCUCCGCUGAGGCCCUGAAGGAGAGGGCUGCCAAGAUGGAGAGUGAGCUGCAAGGGUUCCUGGAGGCAGCCCGGACCCAAAAGGCCGAGAUGGACAGCAUCAAGUCGAUGAUGCACUCCAAGGACGCCUCCCUCAAGAGCCUGGAGGAGCAGAAGCGGCAGCAGGAGCAGGAGUCCACCUCCAGCCGAGAGCUCUACCAGGGGCAGCUGAAGGAGUGUGAGGCUCUCCGCGCGCAGGUGGAGAGGCUGGAGAAGCAGUGCAAGGAGCAGCAGAUCACCGUUGCCCGGCUGGAGAAGGUGGCAGCCGCCUCUGAGCGGGAGCAGCAGGUGGAGGCGGAGGCUUUGAAGCGGGAGGUGGCGCAGCACAAGGAGAGGGCCGCGGAGCAGGAGCAGCUUCUGGAGGCGUCCAAGUCCAGUCUAGAGAAGCUGAAGAGGGAGCUCCACGACAAAGGAAAGGAGCUGGCCCAGAGCAGAGAGGCAGCAUCCCGAGCCGAGAAGGAGCUAGUCGCCCUACGUGCCACAGCCCAGGAGAAGAGCAAGUCUGAGGAGAGCUGGAAGGAGCAGCUGUCACGCUGUGCCCAGGAAUCGGAGCGCCAGGCCAGCAUCAUCAGCAGCAUGGAGAAGGAGACCUCCAUCAUGCAAAGGCAGCAGCUGGAGAAGGAGGGGGAGAUCAAGGACCUGAGGCGGCUGGCCCUGGCUGAGUCCGAGAAGAGCAAGAAGCUGGAGGAGAGGCUGCGGAUCCUGCAGUCGGAAAUGGCCACCGCAGCUUCCCGGGCAGCUGAGAGGUGCUCAACCAUGAAAGCCGAAGCGCAGAGCUCCCAGGAGCAGGCCGAGAAGCUUCGGGUGUCGGUGGAGGCCCUGAAGAAGGAGCAGAGCUCUGCCUCCAAGCGGCAGGAGGACCUCUGCAAGGAGCUUAAGUCCUGGCAGGAGAAGGCCUUCCAGAAGGAGCAGCAGCUCUCCGCCCAGCAGCAGGAGUUUGCAGGGGCCCAGGCCCUGAUCGCAGAGCUGAUGCCCAUCAAGUGCCUCUACCAGCAGCUGCAGGCGGAGCAGGCCUCGCAGGAGAGCAAGCACCGUGAGAAGCUGGAGCAGAUGCAGAGCGCCGCUGGCCUCCUGCAGGCGGAGCUGGCCAGGGCCAAGCUGGAGCAGGCAGAGCUGCAGGCGGUGAAGGAGAGGCUCCUGGAGCGGGAGCGGGCCAUCCAGCAGCUGCAGGCGGAGAAGGCCAGCUACGCGGGGCAGCUGGCCGCCCUCCAGCAGGGCCAGGCGCAGCUGGCCGAGGAGAACCGGGGGCUGCAGCACCUGCCGGCAGAGCUGGCCCAGACCAAGAAGCAGCACGCGCGGGAGAUGGAGUUGGUCAGGCUCGACUCGGAGAAGCGGGUGGCCGCCAUGAAGCGGGUGCUCGAGGACACCCAGAAGAAGUACGAGGAGAGCAAGCAGAGGCAGCUGGUGCAGGUGGAGCAGCUAGAGGUAUAUCAGAAAGAGCGAGCUAAUGCAUGCCAGCUGGAGGAGCUGAAGCAGAAGUACGCUCAGCAGGAGAAGGUCACUCAAGCCCAGCAGCAGAGAGCCCAGCAGGUGCAUGAAGAAGAACUUAAACACCAGAAUGAGAAGAUCUUGGAUCUCCAGUCUCAAGUGGCCCAGAAGGAACAAGCUGCUGAGCAUUACAAGACACAGAUGGAGAAGGCCAAGACCCACUACGACGCAAAGAAGCAACAAAACCAGGAGCUGCUCGAGAGGCUGGGAGUCCUGGAAGAGGUGGAGAGGGAGAACGCGGAGCUGAAGGCCAAAUCGGAGCGCCUUAUGAAGGAGCAGCAGGAUUUGGUGAGGCAGAUGCAGGAGGCCCAGCUCACCUCCAAGAACCUCUGCAGCCUCGAGGCACAGGUGGAGUUUGCAGAUCGCCAGCUGCGAGAGCAGGGCAAGUUCCAGCUGGCCACAGAUUCAUUAAAAAGCCGCAUCACCUUCCAGGAAAGCCCAGCCGACGUCAGCACUGACAGCCUGGACAUGAGCACCAGCGAUGAAGCACAGCCGCUCAACUCCACCAGCAGGAGGUCUCGCCGUUCCACCUCUGAAUCUGGGACAGCAGAGCCGUCCAAGGCUUCCAACCGCCUGCCUCGGAAGGUGGAGUCUCUGGAGAGCCUCUAUUUCACGCCCAUCCCCACCCGCACGAGGUCCAAACUGGAGAACAGCGUUAACUCCACGGGCGACGUUUCCUUUGAGUCGGGGCGGAAAACACUCUCUGGCCGCCGGCGCACCACACAGGUCAUCAACAUCACCAUGAUCAAAAAACACGCAGAGCCGGAAACUCCCCAGAGUGCUGACGCCUCUUUCCUCAGCAUGCAGUCCGCUGGGUCUCAGAGCAGCAGCUCGAGCCAAGAGCCGGUCAAGACGCGCCUGCGUUCCGCAUCCGCUUCCUCCACCCGCUCCCUCGCCAGCCUCCCCUCUCAGGAAUCCCUCACCAGGCUGGGCACCUCUUCACCCAACAACACGGCCUUGAUGAGCCUGCCCGGCUAUCGGCCUGCCACCCGCAGCUCCCUGAGACGCUCCCAGGCCGGAGGGGCCAGCUCUGGGCGCAGCAGCUUCUACAUGGGCACCUGCCAGGAGGAGCCGGAAGUGCUUGACGAAUGGAGCCGCAUCGCUGAGCUCCAGCAGCGCAACAGGAUCUGCCCACCUCACCUGAAGACCUGCUACCUGGAGUCUCGGCCAUCCCUGUCACUGGCCACCAUCACAGAUGAGGAUAUGAAGACGGGGGACCCCAGAGAGACCCUCCGCCGUGCCAGCAUGCUGCCCUCCCAGGUUUCGAGCGGCCCAGCCACCCGUCGCAGCACCCUGAGCUCCGCGUCGGCCGCGGGGGGCAUUGCCACUCGGCAGCAGAGGAAGCGCAUUUCAGAUGAAUCCCACCAGGCUGCAGGGACCCCCGAGUCCAAGAAAUCUGCCAGCUGCUUCCCACGGCCCCAGACUCCCAAACUGCGGAGCGAGGAGCACAAGCACAGCACCCAUGCGGGAAGCAAGAAGGACAAAGCCCAGGCAGCCAACAAGCAGCCCAACAGGCGCCAGUCGAUGGCCUUCAGCAUUCUGAACACUCCGAAGAAGCUGGGCAACAGCCUCCUGCGCCGGGGGCCCAACCGCAAAGUGACUCCCAAAAGCUCCCCCCGGAGCAGCAGCCGGAGAUCCCCGAGGGCAGCGUCAUCACCUAAGGGCAAGGCGAACUCCAAGUCCACGAGGAACAGCAAGUUCUAACACCGUUUUUCCUGGCCGAAAACUCCCCCGCCUGCCGCAUCUCCCCAGAAGGAAGGGAGCCAGGUGCCAGGGCCUCCCAGUCUCUGCUACCAGCUGAGCCGCCAGCAGCCUUCCUCCCCCUCCUGGUCUUCCCUCCCAGCUCUGACGUGGCCUGAGAGCCCAUCCCCAGCCUUUUGGUCAGGAUGCCAACUGGUGCACGGACUCUUCCCCCGCCCCCUGGUUUCCACAUGAUGGUGGGUGGUGAGCCUCCUUGGCUGAGACAUUGGGGGGGGGGCUUUCCCCUCUGUGAUGAUGGUGUGUCGAGGGGGACGGGACAGUCUCCAAACCAUUCCAGGGUCUGGCCCUUAAUACCAGCCACUGUUCCAUCAGGCAGGAAUCAGGAAUUGCUUGGCAAAGGAGGACUAGGCUGGCAGUAUUUUACACUCCCAGGGAGGCAGUGUCAUAAUGUUGAUCACCUUUGCCAAUGCAACACACACCCCCUUAAGCACCCAGAGUGGCACCUCCUAUUGAGAAGCUAGGUCCCCCUCUCCUGACCCCCCGACGAAUGCUCCCUCCCUUUCACGCUGAGUAAGGGCGGGCUCUCUCUGCUUGCCUCAUUGGCGCAGUGAACUGCCCAAGGCACAGACAUCGGAGAUGUUUUCCCCACCCGGCUCUCCUUUCCACUUGCAAGGCGACCCUCUUCCCAGCAUCCUUGGUUCUUUAAAAAAAA